GAUUAAAAUCGUUAAUUCAUUGAUAUGAGAAACGUACAUUUUCGGAACCAGUUUCCCGGUAUUUUAACCUCAAAACCAUCACUGUGAGUAUCCAAUUAGAGUAGCAUAACUUUGGUAAAUCGAGGAUAUCACAAUGGAGCACGAAACCAUCGUACCCGAUUUAUGUGAGGGAGACAUCAUAAAACGGCACAAGCAGGAAAAGAAGGACCUACAGGCGAAGAUUCAGGGCAUGAAGAAAAGUGUACCAAAGGGAGACAAGAAAAAGAAGAAAGAAAUAGCCGACGAAAUAGCCAAACUGGAGGACGAUUUGGAAAAGCGGCACAGUGAAGAAUUAAAAACUGUUCAGAGUAGUAAUAUUGAGACUAUAACGUCGGAAGUUACGGUUAAAGAGCCAGAAGUAAUUGAAGAGAAUGAUGAGGAGGACAGUAGGGAAACAAUUAGUCAAAGAGUGUCCCGGGCACAAAAGCGGCGACUUAAAAAGGCAGCUGAGGAGAAGGAACGGCAAAAACGAAUUUCGGAGCAGGCGGAAAAAAAUAAGAGUGGCCCCCGUGAGUUAGAAAUGCGUUCUAUUAAGGAGAAUUUAAGAACUAUGAACCUUAACAUUUUCAAUAUACCAGCAGAUGGUAAUUGUUUAUAUUGUGCAGUAAACCACCAAUUAGAAAUCAAGGGUAAACCAACAUAUUCAGUUAGUGAGCUGAGGAAGAUCACUGCUGAAUUUAUGCUCAAAAACAGGGAGGACUUCCUGCCUUUUAUGUGCAAUGAGAUGGAUGAAGAUGAAACUGUAACUGAGGAAGAGUUUGAGAAGUAUUGUAAAGAUGUAGCCAACACAAAACUGUGGGGAGGACAAUUAGAACUAAAAGCUUUGUCUAACAUUCUGUCAUGUCCUAUUAAAAUUAUUCAAGCUAAUGGCCCUCCCACUAUACAGGGUGAAGGAUUUGAGGGUCCUGAACUUAUUUUAACUUAUCACAGAUAUUUAUAUAGGUUGGGAGAGCAUUACAACUCAACACUGCAUGGACCUAGGACAGAUGAUGAUGAUGAUGAUGUUUGCUAAUAUUCCUCACAAUUACUUAAAAACUGUGUUCAACUAUCAGGUAAAGUGGUAAUUUGGCCAAACACACACCACACUCAAAAGGCUGAUAACUUAGAUUUCCAAUAUAAAUCUUACAAUUGAGGGAUCAUUACUUUUGGGUGCAUUUUCUAACUAAAAUUUUUGUUAAUAAAAUCUUGUAUACUGAAUGUGUCAUGAGCAAUAACGAAUGUUCUGAGAACAUUAAACCACUAUUGAAAACCCUGUUUAUAUGUAUUUGUUGCUGUUAAUAUAUCUCAAUUUAUUAAAGAACUUUAUACGUGAUGUUACUUUACAUUUAUUGUGACAAAACGAAUGUUUCAAGCUAAUUUUAAGCCAUUCCUGUAUCUCCUUGAAUUUAUAAUAAAAUUUACACAAAUUCA